CUUUUUUCUGCCUUCGUCAAACUCGACGGAUAUUCCGUUGGAUUUAAACUAGUCUUAAAUGGAAGAGCGUAGUAGAUAGUUUCGGAUCUGAGACGGGUCUGUAGAUUUUAUGUGACAAUUAUCGUACUAAUCAUUCUCAUCUUCUCAAACUUCGAUUUUCUUUUCAACCUUUGCUUUGUUUUUAAAUUAAAUUUUAUUUUUCGCCUUUUUAGCUUAGUUUAUUGUCCAAUUCUGACACCAUGAGGAAGAAGCUCGAUACCCGUUUUCCAGCCGCUCGCAUUAAAAAGAUAAUGCAGGCUGAUGAGGAUGUUGGGAAGAUUGCAUUGGCAGUUCCUGUUUUAGUCUCGAAGGCAUUGGAGUUAUUUCUACAAGACCUUUGUGAUCGUACAUAUGAGAUAACUCUUCAAAGAGGAGCAAAGACCAUGAAUUCGUUGCAUUUAAAACAUUGUGUACAGAGCUAUAAUGUGUUUGAUUUUUUGAGGGAUAUCGUCAGCAAGGUUCCGGACUAUGGUCACGGUCAUUCCGAUGCUGCUGGUGACGAUCGAGCCUACACAAAGAGAAGGAAAGCUGCUGGUGAUGAAUGCAAUGACAGUGAUGAAGAACUAAAGAGGAGCAAGAUGCUUGAGAUGACCCAUGGCAGUAGCAGUGGCAGAGGAAGAGGCCGGGGUAGAGGCCGAGGACGUGGACGAGCACCUCGCACCUUAGAAAGGGAGACUUCUCACCUUGAUCCUGAAUCUGAACCCUGCUCAUCUCCUCAGUACGGCACCAAACUAAAUACAAACCCUGGAGCACCUGUGGAAAUUGCUACCGAUGUGAAGGACCUGUCUAAGGAAAAUACCAUUAUUGGUGAGGAAACCAUCUUGACUGACCCAGCUGCUCGAAACUUUGACCUGAAUGAUGAUGUAAACGAUUCAGCAAACGAGAAUGAAAAGAAGGCAGCCGCUGCUGUAACAGCAGCCACUGCUGCAGCAGCGACGGCAGCUGUAGCAGCACCAGGAACAGCCCAAGCCCCAUUGGCGGGAACUUCUGAAACUAAACAUGAAGAAUAUCCUGGUUGGUCUCUUCCUGAGAUGGAUCAUAUGGCAAUUGACCCUAUUCAACUUGCCCAUCUUAGCACAAGGUUAGAUCAGGAAGACGAAGAUUAUGAUGAAGAAGGGUAGUAACCAAGUACUUAGUAGAUGCUUAAGUAGUAGUUGUGGGGAUCGAAAUUGAUAGGAUACUUAAGAGAACGCACCAAUAAAAUUAUAUGCGUGCGUACAGAUGAAAUCAUUGUAUGAAAAAUGUGCCCUCUGGCCUUGUAUCUUUCUCUCUCUCUUACUCAACCUUUAAUCAGAUGCUCCUAUUAUAUCCAUAAGAACAAUUUGGUAAGGUUGCUUUUACUGAGACUUGUAGAGGUCUUUUGCCUCGGCACUUGAAUUUAUCUUUUAGAAAUGUAGGGUAAGAUCGGUAAUGGUGGUAGUGAUGGCCCCUUCUGAAAUACCUUUGUGAUUUAUGAAUCUAUUGUGUUUUUCUUCA